UCUGUUAUUUUGGUAUCCGGGUGGAGGGCCUGGUUGCCAGGUGACAGGGUGAGGGGAUCUGGUUGCCUGGUGACGGUCUAGGGCCCUGUUGCUAGGUGACCGGAAGAGACCCUAGUACCUAUGGACAGGAGAGGAGUGCUUCAUCGCUAGCAGGAGCCGAGGACGGUAUGUCCCAGGCCCCAGAAACGCGGCCGAGCCCACCCUCUGUGUACCACGAGCGGCAGCGCCUGGAGCUGUGUGCAGUGCAUGCCCUCAACAACGUGCUCCAGCAGCAACUCUUUAGCCAGGAGGCCGCCGACGAGAUCUGCAAGAGGUUGGCCCCAGACUCCCGACUGAACCCCCACCGCAGCCUGCUGGGCACUGGAAACUAUGACGUCAACGUGAUCAUGGCCGCCCUGCAGGGGCUGGGCCUGGCUGCCGUGUGGUGGGACAGGAGGAGGUCCCUGUCCCAGCUGGCACUGCCCCAGGUACUAGGACUCAUCCUGAACCUGCCAUCGCCUGUGUCCCUGGGGCUGCUGUCCCUGCCGCUGCGCCGGCGGCACUGGGUGGCCCUGCGCCAGGUGGACGGCGUCUACUACAACCUGGACUCCAAGCUGCGCGCCCCCGAGGCCCUGGGGGGUGAGGACGGCGUCAGGACUUUCCUGGCGGCUGCCCUGGCGCAGGGCCUGUGCGAGGUGCUGCUGGUGGUGACCAAAGAGGUGGAGGAGGCAGGCUGCUGGCUACGAACAGACUGACCCUGCGGCUGCGGACAGACGAACCCCAUGCCGCCUUCCCACUGCGCAGACUGCCUCCUGGCGCCCGCCUCAGACACCCCUUCUUGGGGAACAUCCAGGGAGUUCCAAGGAAGGAAGGGCCUGGGCCCCAGGGGCCCCAGGGAGGACCAGGCCCUUCCCCACAUAUCCGCUCCCCAAUGCCACUGCUGCCUCAAUAAAUCCAUUAGUUUCCCA